UUAGAGCGUGCUUCGGCAUUACCUUUUUAAGACAGAAGAAAUCUACAUUUGGGCAGCGGAUAUUCCCGGGAAUUCUCAAAACAAUUUUGAGCAUGAAAAGAGGAGCACAGAGUUCCGCAGAAGGAGCAAUGAAUACCGUAAACUACCUGGCUCAACAUAGCCUGCCAAAUAAUGGACCAAGUGUGUCAGGCUUUGUCAACGGGGACAAGCGGCCUGGGUCUGAGAUGGAAGGGGGUGGAUUCACACAGUUUAACCCCCAGCUUGAGAUUGACGAGGCAGAGCACGACGACUUGUCGGACGACGACAGCGAUGCUGGUAGCCCGAGCGCAAAGAAGUCCAAAAAGACCAAAGGAAGGGUCAAGAUUAAGAUGGAAUUUAUUGAAAACAAGCUCCGAAGAUACACUACAUUCAGCAAGAGAAAGACGGGGAUCAUGAAAAAGGCUUACGAGUUGUCAACGCUGACUGGCACCCAGGUCAUGCUUUUGGUUGCCAGCGAAACAGGCCAUGUAUACACAUUUGCCACACGCAAACUGCAGCCCAUGAUAACCAGCGAGAGCGGCAAGGCGCUGAUCCAGACCUGCCUGAAUUCCCCCGACCCAGCCACCACGCACCACAGCCACAAUCCCGAUCAGAGGAUGAGUGCUACGGGCUUUGAGGAAACAGAGCUGACCUAUCAGGUGUCUGAGGAGGAACUAGCCAAGCAAGAGGGCAAAACACCGAUGUUUACAGUCACCAAUGUGCCAGGCGCUGGAGUCGAUGUGUCUUCUACAGGUGUAGCAUCAACACAGUCAGGGUUGUCCAUUUCUGGUGCAGGCCACACCUAUCCCAUGACCACCUAUCUGCCUACGGGCUCCAGUGGCGUAUCCACGGCAGGCCCCAGCAAGCCCUUGGGAAUGUCAGCGAGUGAUAUGCUCUCACAAGGUGGCUUCACAACGAUACUGCCACAAGGCACCAGCUUGCCUGCUGGGACCUCUAUUCCCGCUGGAGUACUGCAGCUGCCUCAAGGCCAAGGUCAAGGGUCACCAUCAGCCAAUCAGCCAAUCCAACCGCCGCAUUUCUUGUAUAGGAUACAGCAGCCAGGUGGGCCCACGAGUCCAUUAGUCCUCUCACCCACAGUCACAUCAGCAGCUGCCUCGUCCCCAUCCACCACCACCACCAGUCAGACGAUCACAGCGUCACCUCAUGAUCCCUCCCAAGCCUCUUCAACCUCGUCAUCCUCUGUGAUGUACCAUACGACCCAGGGCAUCAUCUACGCUACCUCCCCUGGUACCAUCCCUGAGAGUCUCUUGUUACCCACCUACCAGGCAACCACCUCUGGCAAUCAAUCCCAGGAUAGAAGUAAUGUGAACAUUGGGGUUCUCCCGGUAUCGACAGGCCAAGCCACCACAAAUGCCUCGGUGCCGAUCUCCAUCGCCAAGGCCACCCAAGAAAAUUUACAGACCACCAGUCCAGGAGGAGAAAGGAAGCACUCAUCGGCAAGCGACAGCAAAGGCAGCCAUCAGAGCCGGCCUUACUUGCUCCCUCCGCAGACUAAACACAGAUAACACACCCAACUGAAGAAACACAUCACCUGUCUUCUCAGACAUGCUUUGCAAAUGUUGAUAAAAUUACAAGCUUCCUCUGCAUAUGUGGUCUUUACUUGCAGUUACACGUUCCCAGGGAACUUCAAUUUCUGUCAGUGUGGACUUUUUCGGUUAAACCCUAUAAAGCACAGCAGAAAUCAACAGUAGUCAAAAGUUGCCUACAAAGUGCAGUGUUAAAUUUAGCGGUCAACACAAGUGGCAGAAUACACUUCGUAGCUGCACAAUGCCAAGACUUGUGUUUAUGUGGCAUGAUGCAACAAAAUCCAGUGUUGUAUUUUGUUGUAGUUUGUAAAGUUGUGAUUUCAGCUGUGCUGCUCUUUAAGACAAAGGUACCAACAGCAAACCUGGGAAUAAAAUAACACUGAAGUCUAAAAAAUGCACCAUAUCCAUUUCCAUAUUCAUAUUUUGGUGAAAGUUGGGCUCUUUGUAAAAAUUUAAGUCCCAUGAGGCACAGAAGACAACAGCGAAGCUGUUUCCUGAACUGAGGUUGAAUUUUGACACUAAAAUGACUGGAUCAUAUAAAAAGCAUUAGCUUGGGAGACAGCAUUUGAUACUAAUCAACCCUCUUUACCCUCCCUGCUGUUGAGAAUCUCAUACAUUUGAUUUUUUAAAGCGCACUAGGUUCCGUCAAAGCUCAUGGUUUUCCCAUCCACUGGUUGGCAAACUAUGACUCAUUGCAAGUACGAGAGGAAAAAAACAACUCGUAAAGUAUUGGAAAAUCCGCUCUUCAAAUACCUUUAAUAAAUACUUUGACUAGACAGAACCGAUGCACUGAUACACCCAUCUGUAAAUUCUAUUAUCCCAUCUCUAAAUGGGAGAGCUUUUUAGUCAGAACAUGUUGCUUACUAAGAAUAAACCUUCUGCAGUGUUAGACAGCGCAUACAAAAUGCGAACAAGAGAAAGUUCUUGUGUGUUUGGACAUUUAAACCAAAACCCGGGAUAUCAAGGCCAGUGGGAUCCAGACCCCUCUUCAUUAGUGAACAAGAAACAAAGACUUUCUCUAAUAGUGCUACUCUUAUAAACGGCAGUUGAUUUCUCUCAUAAAUGUGACAGUGUGGUUUAUCGAUAAUAGGAUAAUUUGUUCAAAUUAGUUCACCUACUUAUAAAAGAGCACAUAUGUGCAUGCUCUGCACUAAGCCUGCAUUGCUGGCAUUAAAGUUCCUUUUUUCAUCAAUAAUUUCAAGUUAGUUUUACAUAAAGGUGCUUCCAGUUGUUGUACUCCAUUUGCCGUAAUGUGAAAUAUUGCUGUCUUUAUUUAUCCAGAUUUCUUAAAGUAUUUUCAAGAUAAAAUGUACAGCUACAUACAUGUAUGUGCACGUGUACAUGCAUUGGUGUAAAUUAUGUACAAAUGGUGUAAAUACAUGUACAUGAUGUAUGUAGUUAUGGUCCACAUAGAAACUUCUUAUACGUGACAAGAUGGGAAGAUGUGACAGGUGUCCAAGGGGCACUCGUAACCACUUAUUUCUUCAACCUGUCCACGUAUAGACUUUCACAGAAUGUUUGUGUGUUAAUUGUCAUGUUGCAGUGAGCUACCCACAACAGUGGUGGAACAUUUUUUCAAAGGGAGGGGGAAUGGUUCAGUUGUAAGACCAUCAGGCAUUAGCUAUUAUAGGCCAAACCAUUUAUCUCAACUCAAUUGUGUUCUGAUCAAAGGGUCAUUUCUCUCAGUUAAAUAGUGGAGGUCGGGGGGGGGAAUUACUGCCCCCUGGAUCCCCCAGUUUGCUGCCAGUGGCUACCCACAAAUGAGACGUGCAUUUCAUUAAUGCUCCCUUUUGAAGAUAAGUGGUUAUCAGGGCUCUUGGAUAAGGUAUUUGGUGUAAGCAAAGGAAGACUUAUGGAAAACAAAAUUGACAGUGAAAAUUGCAGAUGUAACUGUGGAGUCAUUGUUUUAUUCCAUUCACUUUCAGGGGCUGAUGCAAAGUAAUUACAUGUAGUUGCAAUUAUAUAGAUACACAUGCGAGUCACAAAACAGCGAUGGGAUUGUUGGUAUGUAAAAACAGACAUACCGGUAACAUUGUACACGUACAUAAAAUUGGACAGAAAUGUACAAUAUGUGAAUAUUUCUAGAAAUGGAACAUAUUUUGUGUUCCAGGAGACAGUUGUGGAGCGCUAACUCGUCAUUUUACUUUAUCCCCUUACAUGUAUAAUGCCAAGUUUUCCUGUUGGCCACUUAGGAUGCACUGUUUGGUUGGGGCAUUUUUUUGCUACAACUACACUAUCUCUGAAAGGCUUAUGCUGUAUAUGCAUCAAAAUGUGACCAUGCUGAACUAUUUUGAUCACCCCUAUAGCUUCAUUGUGGGAUGUCGAGAUAUUGACAUGGCACAGGUUCUAAGGUCUAGUCUGGUGCCUUGCUUUCAAACCACAUUGGUGAGAGUUAAACCUGGGACCCCUGACUACAGGUAUGUUAUCAAAACAGGCUAGCUUUUCUGCAGAAAAGAAUCACCAGAUUCUCCAAUUUUUUUCCACCAAUUUUGUUGUUGUUGGGGGGGGGAUUUUUAAAAAAAUUUAGGACGCUUUGACAUUCUCGAGCCCAAGUAAAGCCAAGUGAUUUCUAAAUUAAGUGUAAGACUAUACUGGUAUACCAGCUUGAGGAAAAGGCAGAAGACCAUUCAGAAGUCAGGUGGUGAGACCAUGGACUGAAUACUCGGAGAUAAAGACCAGGUGCCUGCACUUGCAUGGAUAAUUCUUUUAAUACUGAAGAAGUGUGGGACGGAUAAUACUGUGACUUUGAUCAUAUCAAUACAUUCAUGACUCUAGCAUACAUGUACAUGUAUGUGUUGAGUCGAUCUUAGCUACUACCAAAAACUAAUCUAAUCUUUUCCUGGAAACUUCAAAUUUUAGCGCUAUAAAAGUUUUUUAAAUUUAAACAUUGCAAAAUGAAGCUUUUCCCUUAAGAGUGUAUUCUGCCUGUUCUUCAUAUUUUAAAAAAAUAUGCAAAUUUGUAAAAUAUGUAAAUAUAAUGCAUAAAUUAUUUCUUGCCAUUUGCUGUCAACAACUGGUGAAUGCACUGUUGAAUAAUUUUUAUCGAACCCAAAGGAUUUAAAUUUGAUCUUUUUAUGAACACGCUUCAGGCCGAGAAUCUCCAUGCACAAGAAAUGUAUUAUCACAUAUGGGGUACUCUCUUUUGUUCUUGAAAAUGUGAAUUGUAAAUCGAUGAAAACUUGGCAAACUGCCAACUUCACUGCUGUAAACACAAAUUACCCCAAAUAUUUAGGGUUCUACCAAGGUUGUGGGCAAUUUUGUAUUACAUUGCACAUGCAGUAAGCAGUUCUGUGGCUAUUUUAAGAAAUUAUAUACUGUUGCCAAAAAGCUUAACAUUAACCAUAACCUUUUUGUCUUAAAAUAAUAUAGCAUUUUUCCAAAGCAAUGUGCAUUUCAAUUAUUUGGCCUGACAUGUGCCAGUAAUGUGAUUUUCAAAGUGUUCCACUUUUCGUAUGGUUGGAAAACGCAGCUAUUUUCUCUUCUACCAUUGUAGAUUUGUAAAUCAAGAACAUAUUCUUCAUUUUAAGAAUAUAAUGCAGGAAUUGCAAAAUUAAAUUGGAGAAUUAUUUUCUCAUUAA